AUGAUUGAUGAUCAGGACCUCGGUUUCUUUGCCAAUUUUCUUGGCAUCUUUAUUUUUGCACUGGUGAUCGCAUAUCACUACGUCAUGGCUGAUCCAAAAUAUGAAGGCAACUGAGGGUUUCUUUAUUGUCUGCAGCGGAUGGAUGUCAUGUCAGCUUUUAGUUUUGCAGGAAGAUAUAUUUUGAGGUAGCUAAAUUCUGUGUUUGCAACAAUGAAGUGUAUCUGACCUCUUUUAUUAAAUAGACUUAAUUGAAGGCUUUCACUAAAUAUUCUUCUUACUUGUAAUUUACAUA